GCAUUGCUGAUGAGUUUGACUUCAGCCUAUAAAACGUGACCGCUGACCGCAGGUCAGACAUCAAUCGCUCGCAGUCUCUCAACCGUUAAACAAUCCAACGAUCGAACGCAAGGAAGCAACCAUGAAGGUCCUCAUCGUUCUAUCGGUGGCCCUUGCCAUCACCCUCGGAGCACCAGCUGACGACUCCAACAACGCCGAAAACACCAAGAAGGACAAACGUGGACUGGUGGAAAUUGGCCACAACUUUGGCUACGAAGAACCACUUCUGGUUGAACCUCUUCACACGCAGCACGUUACCAAGCACGUGACGGUUACCAAGAAUGUGCCCGUUCCGUAUCCGGUGGAGGUCGAGAAGCACGUUCCCGUGGAAGUAAAAGUUCCCUAUCCGGUUCACGUCGAGAAGCACGUCCCGGUGGUGGUGGAGAAAAAGGUCCCCGUCUACGUCGAGAAGAAGGUUCACUACCCGGUGGAUCGUCCGGUUCCGUACCCCGUCAAGGUCAAGGUUCCGGUUGUCCACAAGGAAUACGUUGAGGUGGCCAAGCCUUACCCAGUGCACGUUGAGAAGCCCUAUCCGGUUUACGUGAAGGAACCGGUGUACUACGAACAGGCUCCAGUCUACGUCAAGGACCAUUACUACCAUCACAAGAAGCCGUACUACGGUUGAGUGGAUGUGUGACUUAUUGUGUCCCGGGUUAUUUUCGGUGUUCUCUAUUCUCGCAUAUUGUUUGAACCAAAUGAUCAACGCUUCUCAAUAAAUUGCAGUUUUAUGUA